UUUUUAGUAGUCUGCUAACCGCAGAAGGUAAUGGUGGCGUGUUAUUUGUUCUUAGUGAACGUGAUAUAAAAGACAACAAAAUAGGAAAUGUAAUCCGUUUCCACACAGAGAAAGGAGUUACAGCUUCUUGCAAUACAUUGCGAAAAGCAGAAGCUCCUGCGACGGGGAAGUGUUAUUUGUGAAAAUCUGGGCAUGGUGUGUUACACGAAAAGAUUAUUGAUAUAAGAAAAUGUCGCUGUUGCCGACGAUAGUACGUCUAGCCAAAAGAAAUUCACUGACAAAUAGGUGAAGAUGGAAGAUGAAGCGGACCUCAGAGAACAAUUAUUUCACAACACAGUACGGGAGAACAUCAUAUUUCUCCUACUAUUUUUGGCUUUGUACGUGUCGAGCUACGCGUUAAUCGCAAAAUUUCGUCGAAGGGAUCGCGAGGAUUACUUUUCUGUCGAUGAAGAUGAAGCGACCGUCUACAGGAUCAGUCUCUGGUUAUGCACUGUUGCACUGACGGUUUCCGUCGGAGCGACCUUACUGCUUCCGGUUUCGAUCGCUAGCAAUGAAGUCCUCAUUUUAUAUCCAAACAGCUAUUACGUCAAGUGGCUCAAUAGCUCUCUUAUUCAAGGUCUGUGGAAUCAUGUGUUUCUCUUUUCAAAUUUAUCCCUCUUUGUGUUUCUGCCAUUUGCUUACUUGUUCACGGAGUCUGAAGGAUUUGUUGGCUACAGGAAGGGUGUUAUGGCCAGAGUUUAUGAAACUGUGACAGUGCUUUGUCUAUUGGGAACACUUGUAUUAGGAAUGACAUAUGUCUUAUCAGCACUUAUAGAUUAUCAGAAAUCCAGUCUUCAUACAUUGCUCAAUUUAUGGAGUUAUUAUUUGCCUUUCCUUUAUUCUUGCGUUUCGUUCGUUGGAGUUGUUAUGUUAUUGCUUUGUACACCAAUGGGAUUUGUAAGAUUAUUUGGAGUAGUCGGUUCGUUUCUGGUGAAACCGCAGUUCCUAAAAAACUUAGAUGAAGAAUUUUUCGCCUAUAGAUUAGAAGAGGAUUGUAUUCGACGAAGACUGCAAUAUGCGAAAGCAACAGGAAAAUCAUACGUUUCGCCAGUGCCUAUGUCUAUACCAACUUGUGGUUCAGUACGAGAUGAUGAUGAGCUUUUAAAUGUAAAUCCGAGCCUAAUGUAUUUAAAGAAUGGUGCUCUUCAGCGUGGAUUGGCUCAAAGAUUGGAGGACAUCGAGAAGCGACGAAAAAUCUUAGAUCAACAGAGACGAACCUGGUGGGUUCGACGUACGUUGCUCUAUCCUUUGGCUAUGCUAGCAUUACUAAUGCUUUCCACUGCCACAGCUCUGCUGGCGGUUCAAAAUACAUUAGAACUACUUAUUGGUAUUAAGGCAUUACCUUUAAGUACAAGGCAAUUUACUUUGGGUAUCAAUUCGUUAUCGAAGCUUGGUCCCGUUGGAGCAGCUUUGGAAGUGGCAGUAAUUUUAUACUUAGCAGCGACCAGCGCAAUAGGUUUGUACACACUACCUGGUGUUAGAAGCGUUCGACCACGGUUUCAUUCCACGCCACUCACUCAUCUUAUCGCGAAUUGUGCCCUCCUUCUCGUACUCAGCUCAGCAUUGCCACUGUUAUCUCGAAUAUUAGGUAUGACGAAUUUCGAUUUGCUUGGCGAUUUCGGGCGUAUCGAGUGGCUUGGUAAUUUUAAGCUAGUAUUAUUCUAUAAUUUAAUAUUUGCCACGGCAGCUAUCAGUUGUUUAGCUACUAAAUUUACGGCGACGGUACGUAAAGAAAUUUACUCAAGAUUAAAAAGCAGUCUGAUAGGAAUCUUUAGAAGCGAAGGUAAGAAAAGUUUUGUAGGAAUGUUUUCUACAAAAGAAGAUUAGACUGACUUACGUUAUAAUCAGACAGAGAUUUACAAUUUAGUGUUAAAAGUAAAUAAAUAAAUGAAUGAUUGUAUGCGAUUUACUCGUGCAUUGUGCGUGCGUGUAUGUAUGGAUCAAAUUCUAUUUAAAAUUGUAGAAUCAUGCAGUAAUAUUUAAAAAAACUGAAUCACACGUGAAAUACAAUGAAAAUUUAAUUGGAUAAUAUUUGAUUACUGGAAAAUUAGGAAUAUAUCAUAUUAUUAUACAUUUAUGCGUGAGCGCGUGUGCGUAUAGUUAUAUUAAUUAUUUAUUAUACGAUUACUAUUUUAAUAAUCAUUUAUCGAAUGUAUACACACCACUAUGAGAGCUGAGUUUUGUGAUAAAAACGUAGAUGAGUAUUCAAGAAAUACAAGAAUUCUCGUUGUAGCAAUUGUAUUAGUUACACACACGUCCAUGUAUGUACACGUAUAUAUGUGCAUAUGUGUAUAUGUAUACAUACAUUUUUUUGAGUUCAUUUUAUUUACAGUUAAUGAUUAGAAACUCACGGACGUCAAUAUGAGAAAAAUUUCUUUUCUAUCAAUGUAAAAUUUUGCAUUGCAACAGGAAAAGAAACUUCUAUAUUUCUAUAGAAACUUUUUACAUUUUCAUUUGUAAAUGAGAAAUACUGUAAGUAUAGAUAGCUCCAUGUGCCUAAUUUAUUUACUUUGAUUGAUUAAAGUUGCUAGUAAUUCUACUAGAAAUGUAUAAUAUACAUAUAUAUACAGAAGCUCAUAAAUACAUCAACAUGUUCAUUGUGUUAUGUUGUAGUAAUUUUCGUUUUAGUAAUGGCGUUCAAAUGCAUUUUAUGGAUUCUUAUUAAAUUGACUCUACUGAUCAUUGUCACAAAUCUCUUAAAAAUGUCAAAAUGUAAAUACAUUUAUAAUGUGAAGAAAAAUGUAAUGAUAUGCAUUUUAAGAUGCAUGCAGACUACACGAUGAUAACAUGCAGAUCUUAAAAUGUUAUCGUCUCGACUGAUUUGUCUCUUUAGUUCAUUAAUGGAAAAUUUAGAGCUUUAAAUGAAGUAAAUUAUUUAUUUUGUUUAAAGAUUGAGUACCGUUGCCUCUUGAUUGCGUUUAAUACCGAUGUUAAAAUAUUCGUAACAUUUAUUUAAAGUGUAAAACGAUAAUAUUUUAAAACAAUAUUAUGUGAUAUACAUCUCGUCAAGAAGACAAUACGAUAUUGUUAGGAUACAUGCAGUGAUAUGCUCACUAGUGAAUUAUUAAACACAUUUAAUCGUAACAGUAUCUCAGGAUAUAAAAUAUCGAUUGAUAUUUAUUAAAAUAUAUUCCCACAUUGUGGAUCUGUUUAUAAUAAAGUGGAGUUCUCAAUUGGAAAUUCACUGUAUACAGUAAUAACUAUGUGAAUAAUAAAAAGAUACGUUAACAAGCA